AGAGGACCACAACGAGGGCCGCGGUUACCCUUCUGCGUUACGUGCGACGCCACGGACGACACGGACGACACGGAGGGGGGAAUUCGUAUUUUGUCAUCCUUGUCAUCGAUGCACCGGGAGCUGUCCUGUCAAACAAUAGAAGUGAAUCGUGCGUCCGUCGUGCCGUGGCAGCGAGUUAGAUCCCGUCGUCGUCGUCGUUCGGCAUGGGGGACGGCAAGGAGGGCGAGCGGCAGCCGCUGCUGAAGAACGAGAACGUCACGUAUAGCUCACAUAGCAACGAUGCAAUUGACGAGACGCAGCCCAAUGUUCACACCGUCUCCACGAUCGGGCCGGACGAGCUGCCGCCGCCGUACCAGUCCGCCAUCCAGGGCGGCAUGCCGAUGGUCACCUGCAGAGUUUGUCAAGCGAUGAUAGAUAUUUCCGGCAAGAGGGAUCAGCACGUCGUCAAAUGUUGUCAGUGUAACGAAGCCACACCUAUACGAAACGCUCCACCUGGAAAGAAGUAUGUACGAUGUCCGUGCAAUUGUCUGCUCAUAUGCAAGAGUUCUUCGCAACGUAUUGCCUGCCCCAGGCCAAACUGUAAACGUAUUAUUAAUCUGGCUCCAAGCCCCAUUACACCACCAGUUCUAUCCAUGCCAGGCAUGUGCAGAGUAGGCUGUGCUCAUUGCCAUGACACAUUCUUGUUUAACACAUUAAAUAAUGCUUUGGCUCGAUGUCCACAUUGUCGAAAGAUAUCUUCCGUUGGUCCAGACUUUGCCAGAGGAAGAGGAAUUGUAUUCAUUAUCGUUGGGAUUAUAGCCUUAGUAAUUGCUAUAGCUGUAACAGUCGGGACCUAUAAAUAUGUAAAAACAAACGGUGGAAUUUAUGUAGCAUAUGUUGGUGCAUUUCUAUUAGCGCUCUUAUGCUUGGGACGCAGCAUUUAUUACUGUACGAUGAAGAUCAGUUUGAUAGAGGGUCCCAUGUAGUCUCCCAAACAACAGUUGAACAACCAACAAUACAAAAUCAAUCCCACUGAGAUGAAUGUCAUGUAACCUAUUUAGAACAAAUGUUUAUAGUAAUGUGACAUUACAAGUACUUUUGAGGCAAAGAUAGGUAUAUGUACACAUGGCCAUAUGUGCGUAUGCAACCUGUAUUGUUUAUGAUAAUGCAUGUAUACAUUCUUAUAUAAUACGCAUACACAUAUGAACGUGUUUCGUGAUCAGGAAGAAAGCAAAUAAUUGCGACGCUUUCCUCAGGUAAGAUAAUUCAUAGGAAAUCUCUCUCGGAAACUUGUAUUUUACGAAGAGUUGUUUCUAUGCACUUUUAUAUGUACAAGCAUAGGAUCAAUAGCUACGGGUUUUCCGAGUUUUAUUUUCAACCUACUUGACUAGAAAAUAUGCUAUAUAUACGUACAUAUAUGCUUUCUAUAAUAACACGUAUCACGCGUAUCAAGCACAUAAGUAGAAUCAAAGUGCAAAUGUAUUCAUAUUAUUCCAAACGUACAUAUAAAGUAAAUUUUAAAACUCGUAUAUGAGUCUGUGCGAAUCUUUUUAAAAAUUUAUUCUUUUAUUCCACUUUAAAGCAACUAUAUCGAAAACAAAAAAAAUAUUGCAUUAUUUCUAAUUUCUUAGUUUAUAUGGAAUUUGUAGCACACAUGAAUGAAAUUAUGUGGGAGAUACAAGCGUACCAUAUUGUAUAUAUUAAUAUUAUAGAUAACGCACUUAGAUUAUACAAAUCCAUAUACAAAAUUUUCCUGGUUAUUAUACAAGUGCUGCGAGACGGUUUUUCUAAGUUUUCACUAUCAUAAGAUGAUUUCAUCGGUCAUGAAAAUUAAAAUGUGUAUAUUCCUGUUGAUCGGCGAUUUUUGUUAUAUACCUCAUAAUCUACAAUGUGCUCUUUUAAAUACAACUUUUCUUUCUAUAGAUAACUCUCACUCUCAAUCUCUAUAUUAGUUUCCUUAUCAUAAUGGAAGAUAUGUUAUACUUGUUAAAAAAAAAUAAAUUCCGUUUGGUAAAAAAUUAA